CCAACCGAGCAACAACAAAACUGAAGACGACGCUCUCACCCACUCCAAUUCCCAGCGGCCGGCCAUGGCGAUCGCGCAAUCCCUAGCCCCGUCCCCCUCCUCCGCCGCGAGAGCCGCUCGCCCCAAGGCCCGCCGCGCUGCGCUGUCCCGCGUCGUUGCCGGCACGGGGGAGUCCGCGCGGCGGCUCGUGGCGGCGUUCGACCCGGCGAUCCCGCUGGCCUCCGCGGUGCCGCCGCCCAGCGGGUGGUACACCGACCCGGAAUUCCUCCAGCUCGAGCUCCACCACGUCUUCCUCCGCGGGUGGCAGGCUGUUGGUCACAUAGGGCAAGUCAAGAACCCAAAUGACUUCUUCACAGGAAGACUUGGAAAUGUAGAAUUCGUCAUAUGCCGUGAUGCAAAUGGGGAACUUCACGCUUUUCACAAUGUGUGUCGCCAUCAUGCCUCCCUCCUUGCAUGUGGAAGCGGUCAGAAGACAUGCUUCCAAUGCCCAUAUCAUGGCUGGACAUAUGGGUUGGAUGGUAUCCUCCUGAAAGCUACAAGAAUCUCGGGAAUCAAAAACUUCAACAAGAAUGAUUUUGGUCUUAUACCAAUUAAGGUGGCUACAUGGGGGCCUUUUGUGCUGGCGAGAUUUGAUGAUUCCUCCCAAAAUACUGUUAAUGAUGUUGUUGGAGAUGAAUGGCUGGGAAGUGCUUCAGAUCUGUUGAGUGGAAGUGGCAUUGACACCACCUCACUGCCCCAUAUUUACAGGCGAGAAUAUAUUAUCGAAUGUAACUGGAAGGUUUUUUGUGAUAACUAUCUAGACGGUGGAUAUCAUGUUCCAUAUGCACACGGGGCCCUUGCAUCUGGUCUUCAGCUUCAGUCCUAUGAAACAUCUACAUAUGAGAGGGUUAGCAUUCAGAGAUGUGAAAGUGCUCCAGCAGAACAAGAAGACAUCGAUCGCUUAGGGACAAAAGCUACCUAUGCCUUUGUUUAUCCAAACUUUAUGAUCAACAGGUAUGGCCCAUGGAUGGACACUAAUCUAGCAGUCCCAUUGGAUGCAACAAGGUGUAAAGUGGUUUUUGAUUAUUUUCUGGACGAGUCUCUUCUGGACGACCAAAAUUUUGUCGACAGAAGCUUGAAAGACAGCGAGCAAGUACAGAUGGAAGACAUUGCGCUGUGUGAGGGAGUCCAGCGCGGUCUGGAGUCGGCGGCCUACAGCGUGGGCAGAUACGCGCCGUCUGUGGAGAUGGCCAUGCACCACUUCCACUGCCUCCUGCAUGAUAACCUCAGUGGCUAGGUGCGGCAAGUGAUUCUUGUGUGCAGCAUUUAUACUUCGGUAGUAAACUGAAAUUCAACGGUUCUCCCCCCAAUCUCGCAGACAUAAUUUUGGUGGAGGGAAAGGUCUACUGUACAUCUUAAUUUGGACUGCGGAAGUAGCUAUUGUAUAUUGUACUCGAGGUCUCAUGGACGGGACAAAACAUAACCGGCUCAGAGACCGAAAAAUGUUGAUGGGCUCUUGGAUGAAAUUUUAGAGCGACCAAAAAUAUUACUUC